UAAUAAUAGAAUUGAAAGACAAACGUAAAUAAGCCAUGGCUUCACUGGAACCAACUCAAAAUAAGACAUGGGAUCUUUCGCUGUACGAGCUUCAGCGCAAGCCGCAGGAAAUAAUCACAGACAGUACAGAAAUUGCAGUAUCUCCGCGUAGUUUGCAUAGUGAAUUAAUGUGUCCCAUUUGCUUGGACAUGCUUAAGAAAACGAUGACAACCAAAGAGUGUUUGCAUCGCUUCUGCUCGGAUUGCAUUGUGACGGCACUGCGCUCGGGCAACAAAGAAUGUCCGACGUGCCGCAAGAAACUUGUCUCGAAGCGUUCGCUGCGCGCUGAUCCAAAUUUUGAUUUACUUAUAUCGAAAAUCUACCCCAGCCGCGAGGAGUACGAGGCAAUACAAGAGAAAGUUAUGGCCAAAUUCAAUCAAACGCAAUCGCAACAGGCGCUUGUGAACUCAAUCAAUGAAGGCAUCAAACUGCAAUCACAGAAUAGGCCACAGCGUUUUCGCACUAACAAGGGAGGAGGAGGCGGCGGCGGCGGCGGUAGUGGUGGUGGAGGCGGCGGCAGUAGUACACGCUCCAAUGUACAAGCGCAUGAUACAGCCUCAAAUGAUAGUAAUAGCAAUACUAACGGCACAGACCGUGAGAGUAGGGAUGGCACUAGCACUGGGUCAGCUGCAGGAGCACCAAAUGUACCCUCCUGCAAUGCCCCAGCGCAGCCUCCUGCGUCGGCAGGCACUUCUGGUGCCAGUACCUCAUCGAGUCGUAUGCAAGUUGAUGAUGCCUCUAAUCCACCGUCUAUACGCAGCACACCAUCGCCGGUACCGUCAAAUUCUAGCAGCACUAAGCCCAAGCGCGCCAUGUCAGUAAUGACCUCCGAGCGAUCCGAGGAAUCAGAGUCAGACUCACAAAUGGAUUGCCGCACCGAGGGUGACUCAAAUAUAGACACUGAAGGCGAGGGCAAUGGGGAACUUGGCAUUAAUGAUGAAAUCGAGCUCGUAUUCAAACCGCAUCCCACGGAAAUGUCUGCGGAUAACCAACUAAUCAGGGCACUCAAGGAUAACUGCGUGCGUUACAUUAAGACAACAGCAAAUGCAACUGUAGAUCAUCUAAGCAAGUAUCUAGCCAUGCGUCUGACUCUAGACUUGGGUGCUGAUCUGCCGGAGGCGUGUCGUUUGCUUAACUUUUGCAUCUACGUUGCACCGCAGCCCCAGCAGUUGGUUAUUUUAAAUGGCAACCAGACUUUACACCAGGUCAACGACAAGUUCUGGAAGGUUAAUAAGCCCAUGGAAAUGUAUUACUCCUGGAAGAAAACCUAAAAUUUAAGUUUGAAGCAAACAUUUAUUUCUACAGCGGAAAUAUAAUCGCAACAUUUUCUCAAGACGUUCUUCACAUG